GGCAGACCCACAGUUUGUGAUGGUAACAACGGAGAACAACAUUACUAGAAAUCUAAAUCUGAGACCAACCAGCUUUAAAUCAGCAGGAAGACUCUCAAAACUCUUACCCCGCUCACUUCAGGUCACCAAUUAGAGCUGUAAGGGGCCGAUUUCACAUUCAGAAAGGGGUGACAAAAAGAGACAUUAAAGAGACAAGAGGGCGUGACAGGGAGUCAAGCGAGCAGGCAAGCUGCUGUUGCAAGGGGAGGCAGAGGAGGCUAUGCACCAGCCGAAGCCAGAGGUCAAGAAAAAAAGUGAAAAAAUAGUCAAAAGGUAGACUUUCGAGUGAAAGGAGGAAGGGUCAUUUGUGAUCUGAGCCAGACAUCGAGAAACCAGCCUCUCUUUGUUAUUGUUGAGUGAGCAACCGAGUGGGGAGGACGAUGUGAAGGAGGAGUAGCUGAGAGGCGACAUCAAGAAAGGAAAGGAAACAAGGAAAUGCUCUCAGAGAAGAUGUGCAGGAGUAUCUGCGAACACCCCAAGCUGCUACAGGGCGGAAGCGAGGCUCUGCAGAGGGACGGCCGCAAGAAACACGGCUGGUCCAAGAGCUGCAGGGGGCGCCUACAGGGGCGGAGGAUGAGCGGGGGGUGGUGGCCGAAAGGGCGCAAUCACCAUCACCAUCCCCGACACCUCCAGAAGCCGGCGCUGUCCCUUCGUCCCGUCAACGUGAAGGGAAGGAGAGUGAGGGGGAUGCAGGCCCCCAAGAACACCAACCAGUUUCUGAUGCACGAGAAGUACGAGAUGCUGCACAUGCGCUGUGACUCCGUGGGGAGCGACAGCGGGUGCAGCUCCGACAGCGACACGGAACUCACGGAUAUGGACUCAUACCUGGGAGUCCUGGAGAACGCCAGGGGAGCCCUCUUGGACAGUCCCAACCCGUACGGCUCAACAUCGCCACCGGGACAGUUUCUGGUACUGCACGAGGACCCUCUGUGCGUGCACGAGGGCAGUCUGCUCCUGCACGAAAGCAGUCCGCGUCUGCAGGAGGAGAGCAUGCAGUAUUUCCCCUCUGAGGACGACCUCAUGCAGAGCCAGAACUUCAUGCAGAGGGACUUUGUUGAGUUCUAUGACAUCCUGACACCCUGAAGGGGAAACUUUCAGGCGGACAUUUUGUUUUCACCAAGACUGAACCUGCUCAGGUUUGUCCUGCUUGAUGUUCACAGAAAUAAAACAUCCAUCUUUGUUUUUGUUUUUACUAAAUGUCAGAUAGCCUUUAACGUCUGGAGAAGCUACUUGCAGGAUGGAAUAAUUCAUCUGGUUUCCAGCAGAAAUUAACUUAUUUUUUUUUUAAACUGAGUGUCAUUUUUUAAAGCAUUCCUGCAAAGCGCUGCCUCUUUGUAUUUUUUUUAAAUCUCGGCACUGAUGUUCAAAGGGCACGAACAGCACUCACAAUAGGCUGAAUUAUCUCACUCUGUUGGUAUUUUUCCAGGUUGAAGACUAACUUUUACAGAUUGCUGUCUUAAAUUACAUUAAGACUGUUUUUUGUUUUUUUUUCUAUCGUUGUUGAUUGGUUAAUGUGGUCACGUGCUGCGUGUCUGGGUGCUGUAAAGUGCUGCCUUUCUGUUAUUGUUGUUGCACACAAAGGGAAAUGGGCUGGAUGGUGGGAGUGAGCCCAAACAGCCAAUCGAUAUCGAGCUGACUCGAUUAGGCUUGAGGUGAUUGGCUGAUGAACAUUGUUCUAAAAAAAAAAAAGCAUUUGUCUGUAAAGAAUAAAAAAUAUAAAUAAAU